AUGGAGGGGAGAGCGAGGGGUUCACUGCCGUUUGUGGGGAUGAUGAUGGUGGUUCUGGCUCAGGCGGGCAACAUGGCGGUGAUGAAGAUGGCCAUGUCCGACGGGAUCAACAAGUACACCAUGGCCUUUUACAGUAACGCCCUCUCCUCUCUCGCCCUCCUUCCUUGUCCCUUCAUCUUCUCUCGCACGUCAGGGUCGUAUCCUCCUCUCACUUUCUCUGUACUUGGCAAGAUCUUCUUGCUCGCUCUGGUUGGGUUCGCAUCACAGAUGUGCGGCUACGUCGGCAUCAAUUACAGCUCCCCUGUUCUGGGCACGGCCAUGAUGAACCUCAUCCCAGCUUUCACUCUCAUUCUCACCAUUAUUUCAAGGAUGGAGAAAGUGAAUUGGAAAAGCUCAAGCAGCCAAGCUAAGCUUGUGGGAACCAUCGCAUCAAUCCUUGGUGCAUUUGCAGCCACUCUCUACAACGGUCCACCGAUUCUCGGCUCCCCUUCUGCUCCUCCUCCUGUCCAGCCUCGUCGGCUUCUUUUUCUUCUCUCAGGACGAUCAAAUUGGAUUCUUGGUGGGUUCCUCCUUGCGACCGAAGCUUUCUUCAUAUCAUUCUGGUACAUUAUACAGGUCACCACCAAAUCCUUACCUCUCCUUAGAACACAAAUGACACUUACAGGAAGCGAAAGAAGACUUGACAGGUGA